AGAGCCGAACGGAAGUACCGUAAUUCCGAACGGGACAUGGCGGAAGUUCGUCGACAAUGGCGGCAGCUGAAAACAAUGUGGAACUGAAGCGAAAAGCUGAUCAAACUCAGGAUGAGGACGGAGAAAAUGAGGAAUGGGUCGGGCCCAUGCCGAGCGAGGCAGCGACGACCAAGAAGAGGAAAGUUCUGGAAUAUGAACGCGUCUACCUGGACAACCUGCCUUCAGCUGCCAUGUAUGAAAGGAGCUACAUGCACAGAGAUGUGAUCACACACAUUGUUUGCUCCAAGACAGACUUUGUCAUCACAGCCAGUCAAGAUGGUCAUGUCAAGUUCUGGAAGAAAAAGGAGGACGAGGGAAUCGAAUUUGUCAAACACUUUCGGAGUCAUCUUGGUGUGAUCGAGAGUAUCGCGGUGAGUGCUGACGGCUCUCUCCUGUGUUCGGUCGGCGACGACCAGGCCAUGAAGGUCUUUGACGUCGUCAACUUUGACAUGAUCAACAUGCUCAAGCUGGGCUUCCACCCAGGACAGAGCGAGUGGGUCCACAAUCCCGGAGAUGCCAUUUCCACGGUGGCCUGCUCAGAAAAAUCCACCGGCAAGAUUUUUGUCUACGACGGCCGAGGAAGCGGCGAGCCUCUCCACGUCUUCGAGAAGAUGCACUCCUCGCCGCUGUCCCAGAUCCGCCUGAAUGCCAAAUUUCGAGUGGUCGUCUCCGCGGACAAAGCGGGAAUGCUGGAGUACUGGACCGGCCUGCCCUCGGAAUUCAAGUUCCCCAAACACGUGCAGUGGCAAUACAAGACUGACACGGAUUUGUACGAGUUCGCCAAACACAAAACCUACCCUACCAGCCUGGUGUUCUCGCCCGACGGCAAGAAAAUGGCCACCAUGGCGUCUGACCGUAAAGUCCGAAUCUUCCGCUUUCUCACGGGGAAACUGAUGAGAGUGUUUGACGAAUCCUUAACGAUGUUCACAGAGCUGCAGCAAAUGAGGCAACAGCUGCCGGACAUGGAGUUUGGCCGGCGGAUGGCGGUGGAGCGAGAGUUGGAAAAAGUGGACGGCAUCCGACUCACCAACAUCAUCUUUGACGAGACGGGCCAUUUCGUCCUGUACGGUACCAUGCUGGGCAUCAAGGUCAUCAAUGUGGAAACCAAUAGAUGCGUGCGCAUACUCGGGAAGCAGGAGAACAUCCGCGUGGUCCAGCUGAGUCUCUUUCAAGGGGUCGCAAAGGCCAUGCAAGUGGCGCCCACCGUGGAGAUGAAGGCCUCAGACAAUCCGGCUUUACAGAACGUGGAGCCGGACCCCACCGUAUUCUGCACCGCCUUCAAGAAGAACCGAUUCUACAUGUUCUCAAAGAGGGAACCAGAGGACACCAAGAGUGCCGACUCCGACCGAGACAUCUUCAACGAGAAGCCCUCCAAGGAGGAGGUGAUGGCCGCCACGCAGGCCGAAGGCCCCAAGCGAGUGUCGGACAGCGCCAUCAUUCACUCCACCAUGGGUGACAUCCACAUCAAGCUCUUCCCCGUAGAGUGUCCGAAAACGGUGGAGAACUUCUGUGUGCACAGCAGGAAUGGCUACUACAAUGGACACAUCUUCCACAGAGUCAUCAAGGGUUUCAUGAUCCAGACCGGAGACCCCACCGGUACCGGCAUGGGUGGUGAGAGCAUCUGGGGCAGCGAGUUUGAAGACGAGUUCCACGCCACUCUGAGACACGAUCGGCCCUACACGCUCAGCAUGGCCAACGCGGGCCCCGCCUCCAACGGCUCACAGUUCUUCAUCACCGUGGUGCCCACGCCUUGGCUGGACAACAAGCACACGGUGUUCGGAAGGUGCACCAAAGGCAUGGAGGCAGUGCAGAGGAUCUCUAACGCCAAAGUUCAUCCCAAAACGGACAAACCGUACGAAGACAUCAGCAUCAUCAACAUCACCAUUAAAUGAUCGGACGUCCACUUCCUGUACAUUGUUUUUUUUUUUUUUUUUUUAUUAAACAAUACUUUGUGCUUUAAAUGGUGGAUAAUUUGA